AUGAACGAAGCCAGCGUGGUGUGCCGGCAGCUGAGCUGUGGGCGUGCCCUCACUGCCCCAGCCGAGGCCCGAUUUGGUGAAGGCAAAGGCAAGUUUCUGCUGGAUGACGUGGACUGCACGGGAAGAGAGAGUUUUCUGGGACAGUGUCCCCAUGCCGGCUGGGGCCUGCAUAACUGCGGUCCUGGAGAAGAUGCCAGUGUCGUCUGCGCAAUUCUACCUGUGGCCGACUCAGCAUCUGCCGGUCGCAGAGCCAACGUGCCUGGGUCCUGCCUCUCAGGAGACUGGCCGGCGCUGAGGCUGGUGAACGGCCCGGGGAGAUGCGCUGGACGGGUGGAGGUCUCCUACCAGGGCACCUGGGGGUCAGUGUGUGGCGACGGCUGGGGCCUGAGCGAGGCGCACGUCGUGUGCAGGCAGCUCGGGUGCGGUGCGGCGGUGUCUGCCCCGCUCGGCGCCCACUUUGGCCCAGGCUUCGGGAGGAUCGUCCUGGACAACGUGCGCUGCAGCGGCGGCGAGGGCUGCCUGGCCCAGUGCGCCCACAACAGCUGGUUCAUUCACAACUGUGGUCACGAGGAGGACGCCGGAGCCAUCUGCUCGGGUUCUCUCACGGCCAGCCCCGCCCCUGCAGGAGCCUGGAUGGAGGUGAGGCUGCUGAACGGCACGGGGAGGUGCUCAGGCCGCGUGGAGGUCCUUGUCCAGGGAACAUGGGGGACCGUGUGUGACGACCUCUGGGACCUGGCCGAGGCCACCGUCGUGUGCCGCCAGCUGCAGUGCUCUGGGCAGAUCCUGCUGGACGACGUGCAGUGUGUGGGCAGCGAGAGCAACCUGGGGCAGUGCGUGCACAGGGGCCAGGCCGGGCACAGCUGCGGGCACCUGGAGGACGCCGGUGUCAUCUGUGCAGGCGCUGAUGGUUCUCCGGCCCCCACCCCCAGCAUGGAGCCCGAAGCUGCUCCUCCAUCGGACAUGCUCCCAGGUGACGGAUUAUCUGCAACCAUAGCCACAACAGAAGCUGUAGCCCUGAAGUCCACAUCCGCGCCCCUGGCGGGAGCCUGGAUGGAGGUGAGGCUGCUGAACGGCACAGAGAGGUGCUCAGGCCGUGUGGAGGUCCUUGUCCAGGGAACAUGGGGGACCGUGUGUGACGACCUCUGGGACCUGGCCGAGGCCGCCGUCGUGUGCCGCCAGCUGCAGUGUGGCCAGGCCGUGGCAGCCCCCACAGGGGCCCACUUCGGGGCAGGCUCUGGGCAGAUCCUGCUGGACGACGUGCAGUGUGUGGGCAGCGAGAGCAACCUGGGGCAGUGCGUGCACGGGGGCCAGGCCGGGCACAACUGCGGGCACCUGGAGGACGCCGGCGUCAUCUGUGCAGGAGGCUGGGCCCCCGUGCGGCUGGUAGGCGGCCUCGGGCGCUGCGUGGGCCGCGUGGAGCUUUUCUACCAGGGAGUCUGGGGGACCGUGUGCGACGACCUCUGGGACCUUCCCCAAGCAAACACCGUCUGCAGGCAGCUGGGGUGCGGCUGGGCUGUCUCAGCCCCCGGCGAAGCCCACUUUGGGGAAGGUUCUGGGAAGAUUCUGCUCGACAAUGUGCACUGCCGGGGGGACGAGCGGCACAUUGAGGAAUGCUCUCACAGUGGCUGGUUUUCCCACAACUGUGGUCGCGGGGAAGACGCCGGCGUGAUCUGCUCAGACCCUGGGUCCCUCGGUACCCUGCUGUUAGUCAGCUCUCAGUCAGAGAACAAGUUCCACAGCUUGUCUGACAAGAUCUGCCUCGACUGCACCAAUGAGUACUUUGAAAUCCUGGACGGCCCCCCCUCCUCAGCACAGUCCCUGGGGAAGACCUGCUCCGGUUUCUACCUCACCUACGCCUCCUCCUCCAGCUGCAUGACCCUCGUGUACUUCCGCAGCGUCAACAACAUAGGAAAAAACUUCCUUGCUUAUUAUUAUUCUGCGCCCAAGGGGGACUGGCCAGAGCUGCGGCUGGUGGGCGGCUCAGGCCGGUGCUCGGGACGCGUGGAGGUCCUCCACCAGGGGGCCUGGGGCACCGUGUGUGACGACCUGUGGGACCUGAACGAAGCCGAGGUCGUGUGCAGACAGCUGCGGUGUGGUCGGGCCAUGUCCGCCCUUGGGAAGGCCCACUUCGGCCCAGGCUCAGGAGACAUCUUCCUGGACAACCUCCAGUGCGCGGGUGUGGAGCGCUACCUGGGCCAGUGCGCCCACUCGGGCUGGUCGGAGCACAACUGUGGCCACCACGAGGACGCCGGCGUCAUCUGUUCGGAUGCAGAGGACCUACCUUUGCCCACACCUCCAGGUCCUUCUACAGCUUCUCAGGAUCAUAUAACAGGAGGAAGUAACUCUUGUGGAGGGGUCAUUUCUAGUCUCUCUGGAUCAUUUUCUAGUCCACGGUAUCCAGAAGAUUACCCAACAGAUGUCCAAUGUGUCUGGGAAAUCCACGUGGAUAAAAAAUUUCACAUAGAACUCAUGAUUCCAAAUUUGAAGUAA